AUGGAGCAAGGUAUUGAUUUGGAAGUAAUGAAGGAAGAUUUGUUUACAAAUCUGCCGGUGGAGUUGACUAGAGAUAUCAUGAGAAGAGUCUCAAUUAGUAGUAUUUUAAACUGCAUGGAUGUUUGCAAAUCAUGGCGCGAUCUGAUAGACGAGGAUGAGUUUAAGGCCUCAUAUACUUCGAGACGAUGUCUCGCUUUCUCUUAUGAAGACAUUUACAUCGUGUGGGAUGACAAGGCGUGCGAGCCACUUUUCCGAUUCUGGAUGUCUCCUCCAUACAUUAAACAUCAAAGUAGUGUUCGCUAUCGUGUUGUAGUUGAUUCAACUGAUGGUUUGCUUUUGGUGAGGGAUGGAAGAUCUAAUAUUCUUUUCGUAUGCAAUCCAUUGACUUGUGAAUAUGUCGUGCUUCCUCCACUGCCUACGUUUAGCCGUAGGUGCAUGUUUGGAUUCGGAGUUAGCAGAAUAAGUGGGCAAUAUAAGAUUUUAUGUGGUGAAGAAUCCGGGUCAUGUCAUGUAUACACACUAGAAGGAGAAGGGUCGUGGAGAAGCAUCUCAACCCUAGCACCGGGCGGAUCUACAGUACCUGGUGCAAUUGCUGCAUUUGUUAAUGGAAAUCUUCACUGGUUGGCGUCUGAUUCCGAGGAGAAUCACUUGGUUUGUUGCUUUGAUCUUGAAACCAAGCUCUUUACCAGUUUUUCCCUUCCUCCUCGAGUUAGUGAUAAUGACAUACUUGACGAAUAUUGGUUGUGUAUAUUGGAGGGUCGGCUGUGUUUAUGCGAUCAUUUAAACGGUUAUGGUGUCGUUAUCCUGUGGACGAACAAUUCUAGGGAUAAGAAUGAUUGGGUAAAAGAAUAUACCACCCACCUACCACAAGAUAUCAAAGGACAUGUUUUCCCCCUCAAAGUGUUGGAUAAUGGUGACUUGUUGUUCGCAAUGAAAGUUUAUAAUCGUCUAUUCAACUUCUCCAAAAACACUAAAGAUGUCGUGACACAUAGUCAUGUUCAACGUUCGAUCUAUGAUUAUGCCAACAUUGCUAUAUAUACCCCAAAUUUUCUUUCGCUUAAAGCUAUGGGGAUUCACAAUGUUCAGUCACUAACAUAUAUGCACUACUAA